AACCAAGGAGGCAACUGAACAGGGUUACACAGUUUGUCCACUCAGUCUUGUGUUGAAGUUAACAGCUGUCUUUUCUGUUCCUUUAUAAAAUGGAAAGUGCUUUUGAUAACCUGGAUGCUGCUGGUUUUCUGGAAAUCUGGCAACACUUUGAUGCAGAUGAUAAUGGCUACAUUGAGGGCAAAGAGUUAGAUGAGUUUUUCCGUCACAUGAUGAAGAAACUGGAGCCACAGGAGAAAGUUACUGAGGAGAGAGUUCAGAGACUGAAACAGAGGUUUAUGUCGGCCUAUGAUGUCAUCGCUGAUGGGAGACUACAGAUCCAGGAGUUGGCCAAUAUGAUCCUCCCUGCGGAUGAGAACUUCCUGUUAAUUUUCCGCAGAGAAACUCCUCUGGACAACAGCGUAGACUUCAUUAAGAUCUGGAAGAACUACGAUGUUGACUGCAGCGGCUACAUCUCUGCUCAGGAACUCAAGGCUUUCCUGAAAGACUUGUUCCAGCAGCAUCAGAAGGAAGUGCCUUCUGACAAGCUGGAGGAGUACACAGACACAAUGAUGAAAAUCUUUGACAAAAACAAGGAUGGCUGUUUGGAUUUGAAUGACUUGGCCAGGAUCUUGGCUUUGGAGGAAAAUUUCUUGCUCCAGUUCCAGAUGGAUGCGUGCAGUAAAGAGGAGAGAUGGAGAGACUUUGACAAGAUCUUCACCCAUUAUGAUGUUAGUAAGACGGGAGCGCUGGAGGGUCCUGAGGUUGACGGCUUGGUCAAAGACAUGAUGGGGCUGGCCAGGCCCAACAUCACGGGUCCCGAGCUUGACAAGCUGCGAGCUAUUCUGCUGCGUCACUGUGAUGUCAACAAGGACGGAAAGAUCCAGAGAAAUGAGCUGGCUCUGUGUCUGGGAGUCAAAUCUAAAGUUUAGUUAAACAGUUGUUUUGUAUUUAUGACACUGCAUUAUGAAACAAUGACAAUGACUAGUUGUAAUGUUGAAAUGGUAGACUUUCAUAUAAUCUGUUAAGGUCAUUUCAGGUCAUAGCUCAAUGUUAUUUGAUCCUUAAUAUGAUUGAAACAUAAUUUGACAGUGUGUGAUGGAAAGUGCAUUUUGAAUGACAGUUUUUCCUGCAUGUUGAACUCUGAAAGACUCAAAUGAAAUGUUACUGUGUUUUUGGUUUAGUUGGCUGCCUGUGCUGUAGGUUUGUGGCAUAUUUGUCAGUUUGUUAGUUAGUAGUCAUGUGAGUUAAGAUUAAGAAAACUAAAUGUUUGGAAUUGCACAACAGUUUUUGUGUUACUUUGCUGCUGAAGUUUUUGAUAGCUAUUUCUGACAUUAUCCAAUUGGAUGUUUCCCUGCAAAGUAUGCUGAUCGCAUGAUGUUAUAAAUGUGAUAUAAUGGGUUGUAGAGGGAAAUAAAACUAUGAUAUGCAAUGA